AUACAGACUUUUUUCUUGUGUAACUUCAGCCUCAAACUUGGUCACUCUGUGGAGGUGGAGGGCUUCAUUCCAGAGGGCUCAAAAAGGUUUGUCAUAAAUAUGGGAAAAGAUAAUAACAAUUUAGUGGUCCACUUUGAACCUCGAUUUGAUUUCAAUGGAGACAAGGACAAGAUAGUCUUGAACUCGCAGGCAGGGACGGAGUCUGGGGAGAGGAGCAGAAGGAAAACUUCUUCCCUUUCCAGGAGAAAAAAGACACAAAGGUUUCCUUCCAGUUUCAGCAAGACAAGAUCACCAUACAAUUACCUCACCUAAAUCCUCUCUCAUUUCCAGUCCGCUUUCCCUUAGAGGUGAUCUCCUACUUGGGUGUGGAAUUCCUGCAGGCCAAGUCCAUCACAUUUAAAUGA